UUUUGAUCUUCUUGUUGAUUGAUUAGCUUUGCAACAGUGAACAUAUGGGAAAUGAAUCGAGUGAGCUUUAGGUUUUUUUUCUUCUUAUGUUUUAUGAUUUAUUGCGAUUUUUAAGGAAUCUUUUGGAUUUGUUGGAAGCUAAUACCAUUUUAUUUUUGUUCUACUGCUUAAAUUUUAGUUACACAAGUAUUUUCUUCUUCAUUCGGCUGCUUAUGCUAAAAAUGGGUAGGAAAAGGUAAGCAAUUCAUCACUGGGUUAUGCGGUUUAGGGAUGAUGUAGCAGUUUGAUUUCUUUAUAUUUAAGGAGAGGGGUUGACCCAUGUUGACCCACAAGACCCGUGACCCGGUCAUUUUACCGGGUCAACUACUGGGUUGGGUUUUAUAAUUAUGAUGCACAUAACAUGAAAAUCAUCCCUGGAUUUAUGCUCAACAUCCUAACUCAAAUUUGCCUUUGCCAUUAUUACUCAAGUGUGAACACAAAGAAACCAUCUUUUGGGCUUUUCUAAGUUGACCCGGCAACCCUGACAAAGGCCCAAAUAAGUCUGUUCAGUGUUCACAAAGAUAUUUAUAGCAUCUUAUCAUUUCUUCAAACCUGGUUAAGAAUUUAAGAGCCGACCCUCAAGGGUUUUAUACUUUCUCUUCACAAAAAAGAAAAUAAUAAAAUCUUCGUUUUCAUUUGGAUCUUCAAUCAAUCAAAGAUAUGGCCGAAGAAGCAGGCAUGUUUAUGGUUCAUCAAACAAUUGGAAGUGUUUUGUGUUGCAAAUGUGGUAUUCCUAUGCAACCAAAUGCUGCUAAUAUGUGUGUUAAGUGUUUGCGCUCUGAAGUUGACAUCACUGAAGGUCUAAAGAAGAAUGUAAUUCUUUUACAUUGCCCGGAGUGUGAUACCUACUUGGAUCCACCUAGUACGCGGAUUAGGGCCCAACUGGAAUCGAGGGAGUUGAUGGCAUUUUGUCUGAAGAAGUUGAAAUUGAAGUCCACAGGAGUUAUUUUGGUAAAUGCGGAAUUUAUUUGGACUGAACCACAUUCCAAGAGGAUCAAGCUCCGAGUGAGAGUUCAGAAGGAGGUCCUUCAUGGUGCAAUACUCGAACAAGCAUAUGUUAUUGAGUAUGUUCAGCAGGACCAAAUGUGUGAUUCUUGCACAAGAGUUCAGGCCAACCCUGAUCAGUGGGUUGCUGGUGUCCAGCUCCGGCAACAUGUUGCUCAUAGAAGAACUUUCUUUUACUUGGAGCAGCUGAUUUUGAAGCAUGAUGCUGCUGCCCGUGCCAUUAAAAUAAAGCAAAUGGAUCAUGGUAUUGAUUUUUUCUUUGCAAAUCGUAGCCAUGGUGUUAAAUUUGUUGACUUUGUGGGUAAAGUAGCUCCAGUAAAGAGUCGCACUGACAAGCAACUUGUUUCCCAUGAUACUAAGAGCAACAACUAUAAUUACAAACAUACUUUCUCUGUUGAAAUCUCUCCAAUUUGCCGUGAGGAUUUAGUCUGCUUGCCUCCAAGGGUUGCUGUUAGCUUGGGGAAUCUAGGUCCUCUUGUGAUCUGCUCGAAAGUGACAAAUAGCAUUGCUUUGUUAGAUCCUUUCACCCUGAGACACUGCUUCUUGGAUGCUGACCAGUACUGGAGAACACCCUUUAAGUCUCUUCUCACUAGCAGGCAACUUGUAGAGUAUAUUGUAUUUGAUGUGGACUUUGUUUCCCCUGAAGUUAAUAUUGGUGGGUCUAGAUAUGCUCUCGCUGAUGCCACUGUUGCUCGCAUGUCAGAUUUUGGGAAGAAUGAUACCAUGUUCAACAUAAAAACGCACCUGGGGCAUAUUUUGAAACCUGGUGAUUAUGCUCUUGGUUAUGAUUUACAUGGAGCUAACAGUAAUGACAUGGAGCUUGACAAGUACAAAAAUCUAGUCAUUCCAGAAGCAAUUUUGGUAAAGAAAAGCUAUGAAGAGAAGCGCCAGAGGAAACGAGGGAAGCCUCGUUCCUGGAAGCUAAAGUCCCUCAAUAUGGAGGUUGAUGACACGAGAGCUAGAGGUGACCAAGAGAAGAUGAACUCAGAGUAUGAACAGUUCCUGAGAGAUCUGGAAGAGAACCCGGAGUUGAGGUUCAAUGUAUCAUUGUAUCGUAACAAAGAAUAUCAGCCUUCUGAGAUGGCAUCUAUGACUGAUGGGGAAGAUAUACCUUCCAUUCCUCUAGAGGAGUUGCUUGCUGAUCUUGAGAUAAAUGACGCCGAAGAUGAGGACGAAGGCAUGGGGGAAUGAAUAUUAAGUUUUGUUUAUUUUUCUGGUUGGCUUGAAAUCAUCUUUUCAUCAAGUAGCUUUAUUCUGUGCUUGACAUGUCUUUGCCUUCGCGUAAUGUAGUUCUUUCAACAAAUGAUGCUUGUAAUUUGUUGUGUUUGUUAGUUAGGGAAUUUUUUGCUGUAUUGACGAUGCUUAUGCUGAAAUGAUAGCAGAAAGGAGAAUUUUUGGCUGUAUUAA